AUGGAUCCGGGGCUGCCCUCCAUCGCGCUAGGCAUCACGGCCAUCGUGACAUGGUCGGUCGCGGAGCUGCCGCAGCUGCUGCAGGGCGGCGACGACGACUUCAGCUGGGCCUGGCUGUCGCUCUGGAUGAUGGGCGACGUGUUGAAUUUGCUCGGUUGCGUCCUCAUUCGCGCGCUGACUACACAGACGAUCCUGGCGGCGUGCUACCUCGGCAUCAACGCCAUCCUAGCAUUGCAGCGCGCGUACGACCUCGUCUGCAACCGCGCGGCCGCCGCCGGGCCCAGCCAGGCAAGUGGCGCACCCAACCACCUCCAGGAUCCGCUCCUGCGGGGCGACCGCGACGACGCGUUCCGAGUCAUCCCGAACGUGGACACCGCCCCCCCCGCCGCCGCUGCGGGGCGUCGAGGCAGCCCCGCGGCGCGGCUCGUGGACGACACGACAGCGCCGGGCACGGGAGGGACGGGCGCGCGGGGGCCCAGUCGCGACGGGGACGCCUCCGCCGCCGAAACGCGCUCUCCCGGCGUUUCUUGGACUCAGUCCGGGCAGCAGCGCGUGCCAGUCGCGCUCAGGCCCGAGGCGGACAGCGGCGUGUCCGGGUCGGGCGUGGUGUGGGUGACGGACAACACCAACCGCGGAUCGCACGCCCGCGGGGACUCGCAGAGGGAAGCCGCGAACGCGGACAUUGCCGAGAGCAUCGACAGCCAGCUGCACAUCCUCGCCGGCCAAGGCGACCUGUCCGGCCUCAACACGCGCGAGGGCACGCAGCACGCCGCGAACGACUUCGCGGGCCCGUCGAUGAUUUCGCUCCUUGCUGCGCGCUUCCAUGCCUCAGGGCAUCAGGACCGGCACUCCGGGUCCGGCGCGUCGGCGCGGCGCUCGCUGCUCGGCAACUCGCGCGGCGAGGACGGGCUCAAGGUCUCGAUCGACAACCUCGGCCCCUCGGCGUCCGAGCACGACGCAAGCGAGCACCCUGUCGACCCCGAGAAGGCCGCCGCGGACGCGCUGGUGGCGCGGACGUCCGUGCGGGGCUCCGAGAUGCUGUCCCCGACCGCGGGCGAGGCGGGGGGCAGUCCCAGGCCGGUGAAGCGGGUAUCGUCGCGCGGGAGCCUGCGGACGUUCCGCAUGCCGAUGCGGCUCAAGUCGCUGGAGAGGUCCGCGGCGGAGGGCAAGGACGACGGCGCGCGGCGGCAUAGGCUUGGGCGCGGGACCGCCGCGGACGAGGACGGGUGUCGCAUCGUGGUGCACGACGUCGGGAAGGGGGGGGGGUUGCUUGGGGGUCUCCUGUUCCCGUGGCAGCGCAGCGCGUCGCGGACCGCGGCGCCGCGCGGCAGCGGGGACUCGGCGGGGCCGGAGGCCGCCGCGGGGGCGGACGUUGAGGCGCAGGCGCAAGGCGACGACGACGACGGCCCCGAGGAGGAGGGCGCUGGAGGCACUGCAGCGGCGCGGGCGGCGAAGCGGUUCGGCACGAGCACGCUCGGGAUGCUCCUCAUGAUCGGCUUGCUCGCGAGCGUCGGCCUCGAGGAGAGCGCGUCGGGCGGCGCGGCGCGGCACGGGCGCGCGCUGACCAAGGCCACCCCCCCCGUGCCGUCAAUGGACGGCAUUUCGCGGUGGCUCGGGGGCGCGACGCCGACCGAGAUCCUCGGGUGGACCUUCGGGUGGUCGAUGCUCGCCAUCUACUCGGCGUCGCGCAUCCCGCAGGCGCUGUCGGUGAUGCACCGCGACACCACCGAGGGCCUCACCCUGGGCAUGUUCGCGCUGGCGAUCGCGGGGAGCGCGAGCUACGGCGCGUCCGUCGUGCUCGGUGACGACCGGUCCGCCGCCGCGAUGGCCCGCGCCGCGCCGUGGCUCCUGGACUCCGUCGCGUGCCUCGCGCUGGAGCUGCUGCUGCUGGCGCGCUUCCUGUACCUCCGGUGGACGCAGCGGGGCGGCUCAGAGCGCGUGAGCGGCCCGGGGGAGAGCUCGGGGGAGCGCACGCGCUCGCACGUGCACCGCAACUUCCACCACGACACGCUGAGUCAGGGGUUCAACGCCAUGCACGGGCCGCUGCCGUCGAAGACGCCGCAGCUGCUGCUGGACUCCGAGGGCACGAGCACGCGCACGACGGCGCAGCGCGACAGCGGGAGCGGCAGGAACCGCACGGCCGCGGGGCCGGCGGGUGCCGAGGAGGCGGCGAUGGCCGUUGUGGACAACUGGCAGGCCGAGGGCGUGGUGUUCCAGGUCGGGGGCCUCGCGGACGGCGACGAGUACGAGUCCUCCUGGCCGCGGCUCGGCGCCGUCGACGACGCCGGGAACCCGCUGCCGAUCGGUGCACGGCCUGCGCAGGGUGGGAUGGUGCGGCCGCUCGCGGCGCGCGGGGACCGCGGGUGGCAGCGGGGGCCCGCGGCAGCGCCAGAGGCUGCGCAGGGGUCGCAACCGGAGCUAUCGCCGCGCGGCGCGGGCGGGUUCUGGCGGCAGCAGCAGCCCCCGCAGAGUCCGCUGUCGGGCGAGCUGUCGGGCACGAGCAUGGGGUCCUCGCUGGCGCCGUCGUACAACGGACCACGCCUGUACUGGCGGUGA